AUGUCCUUGUACGCUUCAUUUUCCACUUCCUUAAUGCUCUUGCGUAAUGUUUACCAUGAAUUAGUACCCAAGAAGCUCGAGACUUUUCUUGUCUCAAAAUUCUUGCUCUUCUUCUCUCGUAGAAAAUCAUCUCCUUCUUAUGAUAACUUCAUAAUUGAUGAUUCGUGGGACGGUCUUGAUCGCAACAAACUCAUAGACGCAGCAAGAUUCUACUUGUCUUCCAAGAUCGGCCCUAAAAACAAAAUUAUCAAAAUUGGUAAGUUUAGAGGGCAAAAGAAUGUAACAGCUGCCUUAGUAGAAGGUGAGAAAGUUGUUGAUGUCUAUGAAGGGAUAGAAAUUACCUGGCAAUUUGCAAAGCAAGAAAACGACGAUCGAUCCAAGAAUGAUAAAUUCUAUAACAAAGGUUAUUUUGAACUAAAAUUUGAAGAUCAAUAUAGAGAAAAAAUCUUUAAUGGUUACUUAAACCAUAUUCUGGAUACUUCCAAGGCCAUGACAAAAGGCGAAAAGGUUUUAAAGCUUUAUACAAGGUCUCGCGGUGGUUGGGAUUCCAUUGAUUUUCGACAUCCAUCGACAUUUGAUGCGCUAGCGAUGGAUCACAAUCUAAAGAAGUCUAUCAUAGAUGAUAUAGAUAGGUUCUUGGCAAGGAAAGACUACUAUAAGAGAAUUGGAAAGGCUUGGAAAAGAGGAUACUUACUUUAUGGUCCUCCUGGCACUGGAAAAUCAAGCUUAAUUGCAGCUAUGGCUAAUUACCUCAAGUUUGAUGUGUUUGAUUUGGAGCUGGCCAAUAUUACCUUUCAACUGUUGGAGAAGAAGGAUAAUAGUGUUACCGACAAAUCACAAGGAAGUUUUUGGACCCAGCAUUGCUUCGUCCUGCAGAUGGAUAUGCAUCAUUCAGGCGAUGUCAUAUGUACCAGUGAAGGAUUUAGAGUUUUGGAUAAAUUGAUAGAGCAUAAACUGCUUGAAGAAAUUGAUGGGUUGAUACAAAGUGCAGAGGCCACUCCUGCUUCUUUGGCUGAGGAAUUAUUGAAGAGUGAUGAUCCUGAUGUUGCUCUUGGAGAAGUACUCAAUUUUCUUAAGCAGCAGAGAAUUAAAAAGGAUAAUGAAGAUAAAAUUGUAGAAGAAAAGUUGGAGGUUUAUUAUUAA